AUGGGUCUGCUACAAUACGUGCUGCUGGGUAUCACCCACCCGUCCGAGCUGCGCGCCAUGAUCGGAUACAAGGUCUGGCGCGACCCGCUCAACGACAUCAAGGCGAAUCCGGUCGAGUCCGGCUGGGAUCGCGAGCGCAUGCGACAGUGCUGGACCUUCCUCGACCUCACCUCGCGCUCGUUCGCCGCCGUCAUCAAGGAGCUCAAGGGCGAGCUCUCGCGCGUCAUCUGCCUCUUCUACCUCGUCCUCCGCGCGCUCGACACCAUCGAGGACGACAUGACCAUCCCCGCCCACAAAAAGGUGCCGCUCCUCGUCGACUUCUACAAGUACCUCGAACAGCCCGGAUGGAACUUCACCGAGUCCGGGCCCAACGAGAAGGACCGCCAGCUGCUCGUCGAGUUCGACAAGGUCAUUGCAGAGUACCAGCUGCUCGACCACGGAUACCGCACCGUUAUCUCCGACAUCACCGCAAAAAUGGGCGCAGGCAUGGCGAGUUACAUCGAGCUCAGCGCCAAGGCUCCCCUCAGCGUCAGCACCUGGAAGCACUUUGACCUCUACUGCCACUUUGUCGCCGGCCUCGUCGGCGAGGGCCUCUCGCGUCUGUUUAGCGAGAGCAAGCUCGAACGCCCCUGGCUCGGUCACCAGCUCGAGCUUUCUAAUCAUAUGGGCCUCUUCCUCCAAAAGACCAACAUCAUCCGCGACUACGCAGAGGACUGCGAAGAGGGCCGCUUCUUCUGGCCCAAGCAGUGCUGGGCCGACGACUAUGCGCGCUUCGCCUCGCAGCCCGACGUCGCCAGCGGCAUCGUCGAGACCAAGCCGGGAAGCGGCAAGUACAAGCCCGCCGAUUCGGAGCUCGGCCGUCGCAGCAUGUACGUGCUCUCUUCCAUGCUGCUCGAUGCCAUGUCGCACGCCACCUCGGCACUCGACUACCUCGCGCUGCUCAAGGAGCAGUCGGUGUUCAACUUUUGCGCCAUCCCCCAGGUCAUGGCCAUCGCCACGAUCGAGCUCAUGUUCAACAAUCCGGACGUGUUCAAGAAGAACAUCAAGAUCCGCAAGGGUGUCGCGGUCGGGCUCAUCCUCAAGGCGGUCAAUCCGCGCGAUGUGGCGUACACCUUCCUGGCGUAUGCGCGCAAGAUCCACGCACGCCUUACGCCCGCCGACCCCAACUUUGCGCGCUGGUGCGUCGAGCUCGCGCGCAUCGAGCAGUGGUGCGAGACCUACUAUCCGGGCUUUGUCGCCAGCGAGGGCGGGGCGGACGACGUGCGUGCCGACGGCCUCAAGCAGUGGAGCGAAAAACGCAAGACCCAGGCUCUCAUCAUGAAGCACGCCAAACUCGAGGGCAGAGACCCCACCUCCAUGGACGCCAAGGAGGCCAUCGAGGCCGCAAAGCGCUCCGCGUUGGAUCCAAGGGACCUGAUGACCGAGGACGAGAAGAAGGCGCUCGACAAGAAGGACAGGGACGAGAUGAUGAAGUUCUUCAUCCUCAUGCUGGCGGGUAUGACGCUCUUCAUGGGCAUCGUGGCGCUGGCUACGUGGGAGAUCAUUUGGUAUUGGACCAUGGAUACGCCCGACCCGCUCUCGACCGCCGUCGUGCAGCUCUACCACACCGCGAGGCAGGAGGGCUAUGCAACCGUGGUCGAGAUCCUCGCCACCGUGCGCGCGAGCUUCGAGCAUGUCUGGAAGCACGGCAUCAACUCCAACUCGAACGCCAAACUCGAACUCUAA